AUGAGUCAAUAAAUGAGUCGGAAUUGUAAGGAAGAGUAGGGUUGGUAGGUGAGUGUCGCCAUUGAAGGGGAGAGCAACCCAACUUUGCAUUGAAUGAUACUUAAUCUUUGCCCUCAGCUGUCUUCAUUUAUGAUCUCUAUCCCAACCGCUUUCUUCUCUCCACCAAUUUCAAGAUCUAGUCCUCCUCGUUCACCGGAGAAACGUAAUGGAUAAGAAAGAGUGCAAACAAGAAGCAGCGGCAACAGCUGAGAAAGACAACAAUGGUCCGUUGAUCGAAGAUGAGAUCGAAAGGAGCAAGGUCGGAAUCAUGAGAGCUCUUUGCGACCGACAAGAUCCCGCAACUAAGGAGGUGGAUGAUCUGAUGAUAAGGCGGUUUCUGAGGGCGCGUGACCUCGACAUUGAAAAGGCUUCAACGCUGUUUCUCAAGUACCUGACUUGGAAGAGAAGCAUGCUCCCAAAAGGACACAUACCUGAAUCCGAGAUUGCGAAUGAUCUCUCGCACAAGAAGGUGUGUAUGCAGGGUCAUGACAAGUCGGGUCGACCUAUCGUUGUUGCCAUUGGGAACAGACACAACCCUUCCAAAGGUAACCCUGAGGAGUUCAAGCGUUUUGUUGUCUACACUCUCGAGAAGAUAUCCGCUAGAAUGCCGAGAGGUAAAGAGAAAUUUGUAACCAUUGGAGAUCUGCAAGGAUGGGGAUAUUCUAAUUGUGACAUCCGCGGCUACCUUGCUGCUCUUUCCACUUUGCAGGAUUGUUACCCAGAGAGACUAGGGAAACUAUACAUAGUUCAUGCUCCCUACAUAUUCAUGACUGCAUGGAAGGUCAUUUACCCAUUUAUCGACGCCAACACCAAGAAAAAGAUUGUUUUCGUGGAGAACAAGAAACUCACUCCAACUUUGCUUGAAGACAUAGACGAAAGCCAACUCCCCGACAUCUACGGAGGCAAAUUGCCACUUGUUCCUAUUCAGGAGACCUAAUUAUAUAGGUUACCACCACGGCCCACCUCUAUAAAUCCCAAUUUAUUACCAUUCUUUUUCAUUUGAAUAAAAUGAAAAAAAUAUACAUAUUGAGAGCUGCCUAAUGCCAACAUUAUAUCGUCAAAAAGCUAAAGAUAUAAAAUAUCGUAAACAAACUUUAGAUUUCAAUGUAAUUUCAUAUUUGAUCUACUUUAAACCUCAGUGGAUCUUAUUGUGAUAUUAUAUCCAUUUAGCCAUUUUACUGUGGCAACUAUAAAAUAUCAGUAUAGUUGCUUUU